ACUGGGAUCGGACGUCCGAUCCCUAGUCCUCUCCGAUUCUCCCAAUCUCCCCCUCUCGUCUGCCUCAACCUCAAGCCAAUCGCGCUCACGCUGGGAGCAGACCGGUCGCCGGUGGCGGUAUCAGGGAGUAACGUGUUCCGACGAGGGGCGGCUAGCCGGCUAUACUGUUUCCUCUCGAAAUCUCGAUCCAUCCGUAUGAAGCAGGGAGCAUAACGAGCCCUGCCGGCGGGGGGCGAACGACAUCGAGGGACGCUUAGCCGCUCGGAGGGCGGUGGAUUUUGUUCUCUGGUAGGUAUCGUCAGUUCGUCACUAUCUCUGAAGCGGUGAUACUGUGUACGAAUAGAUUGUGUUCGAUCAGCAUGUCAACGUGGUCGGGUGCUGCAUCAAUGCCUCUCCGUUCAGCAGCGGGAGUGUUCAGUGCUGCCGACAACAGAUUGAAGGAGAUUGAUACCUUGGUAGGGGAGAUCCAGAUGGAUUUUCGGAGCUUACAUACGCCUAACUGUGUGUUCAAUGGGGAAGAAAUAGAGGAUGACGACGAUGUCGUUGAUCCAGAAUACCUCGAGAUUAUGACACUCGCCGGGCAGAUCAGAUGUGGAGUUCGGGAACUUCAGACUGCUCUAGACCGUAAGCGUAUCUACGAUAGCAGCUACGGUGAUGAGGACAGAUCAAUGGAGGAAACUCAGGGGCAAGCAUGUUGGUUCCCUUCUGCCUCGCAGCUGGAGCUUGUCAUUCACUCACUAGAUGCUCAGUUGAGGCACUGCCUCCUCUGCCUUGCAAUGUUCCCGGCUGAUGAGCUCAUCAAGAAGAAGAUGCUCAUCCACUACUGGAUUGGCGAGGGGAUCGUCCAGUCCGUUACUGCUGGGAAGGACUGCUUUACGGAUCUCCUCUCCAGAGGCCUGAUACAGCCUGCUUGCCAGCGACAACACUGCAGCAAGGUGCACUACUGCAAGAUUCCCCCCAUUGUUAGCAACUUUCUUGUUAAGACGGCACAUCGCAUGGGGUUCUAUCAGUUUGAUGGUGAAGGCAAACCUAUGGAGGAUUUUGACAGCGAGAGGUCCCGCCGUGCAUGUCUCUGGGAAAGGCAGAUCGGUGGAAGAGGCGAUGAUGUCAAUGAACUCUAUGGGCCGUCUAGCUGCAAGGAUCUGCUCACACUUUACAACUUCAACCGGCAGUAUGUCAACAUGGAUAAGACUUGGUUGUCUAAACAAGCAGAGAUGAGCACUCUCCAGCUCGGGCAGUGGAAGCCGUCAUGGAGACACCGCAUUGAAAUUGUGAGCCCCGAGACCCUGGAGGCGGCAACCAUGUGCGAGAGCCUAAAGUACCUCAGCCUCCGAGGCAUCUCUCUCAUUGAGUAUAUCCCAGACUCUAUCGGCAAUCUCCAGAAUCUCGUGGUGAUGGACCUCAGUGCGUGCCACAACUUGGAGAAGUUGUCAGAUUCUAUCGGCUCACUUCGCAAGCUGCAGUUUUUGGAUGUUUCGGAGUGCUAUCUCCUGGAUGAAAUGCCUGAAGGGAUAGGAAGCCUGGAGGAACUCCAGGUUCUGAAGGGUUUUCUUGUGGGUGGCGCCACCAGCAAAAGUAACCCAUGUCGUCUAGCAGAUCUAGCUAGCUUGCCCAAGCUGAGGAAGCUGAGCAUUAGCACUGGGCGGCGAGCAUUAGUGGUACAGGAAGAUGAGCUGAACAAAUUGCAAGGGUGCACAGCCCUUGAGUCCUUGACUAUAACAUGGGGAGCAGCAGCAGCUGCACAAGGGCCGAAGCGUCAACUGAUAUCUGGUGUUGAAGGAAGCAUCAAAGGAACCUCCAUGGGAUCAGAGCUGUUGCUUCCUCCAAGACUUGAGAAGCUGGACCUGCGGCGCACCCCCAUGGAGAACUUGAUGCAUUUGCUUCAUCCAGGAAAUGCUGAGAACUUGAAGAGACUGUAUAUUCGAGGAGGGAAGCUGAAGAGCUUUGGUGAUGUGGAAGGUUGGAAUGUCGAGACGCUUCGUGUGAGGUUCCUGAAAGUCUUGGAGUGUGAUUGGGAGCGACUCAGAGCUUCAUUUGGCAAGCUACGUUUUCUGGAGAUGCGUGAAUGUCCCAAUCUAACUUCAUGGGAAUGCGACGGCGAAGGUGUUUGGAGGGAGGACGAUGACAAUGGUACCACGCAUGUAGGUUGCUUCGACAAAUAGCUAGCUAGAUUAUAGGCAGAUAAUGGAGGACGAAGCAAUUCGGUGCUGUUCGACAUGUGCCGGCGCUCGGCUGGCAGAGCAGCUGCAGUAGCUUGAAUGGCGGAAGCGGUGGCGGCUGGUCGGGGUGUGGGGUGUUGAUGCUGUGCUACGCCGCCGGCAAGUGCAGGGGCAACUUCCACGCCAAGCAGCUGAGCCAGCGCGGCGAGCUGCUCACCGUGGUGUGGCUGCUCGUGGCGCACUUCGGCAUGGGUAACCAGUACAGAGUUGAGGCCGGCCACGCCCGCGCCAAGCUCAUCACCGAGAACUAGCCUCCUAUUGCCGCCGGCACAUAACAGCUGAGCAUUUCAGAAUUCAGAUCAGUUCAGACUAAGUUUUUAAAAAAUCUCUUUUGUUACUGAAGUUAAAAAGCUUUAGGUUUUGACUUGACUAUUGAAGAUUUAUAACUGUUUAACACUCUUGCGGAGAUAAAUCCGCGUCAAUAUGUAAAGAUAGCUUUCUUAGUGCCUUUCAUAAUAGUGAUCAAGCUACUUUCUGUAAUACAGUUUUCAGUAUGUGCAAGCUGUUUUCUGUGGUGCAAUUUCCUCUGUUACUGUUAGUCCAAGUCCAUAUCAGCAAAAUGAAUAACAAAGAAGCAGAUGUUAGCAUCAUCUCCCAUUGACUUUGACUUGUCUGAAGUUUUCGUCUUCUUUAAUAAAUCUCAUACUAAUAAGUCAUUGUUCAUACAGAGUACUACACAAGUACCAAAUUUCUUGUGACGACUGAAGACUGUCUCCCAGCUUCUUCAGGAACUGAAGUGUACGACCGGCAGAAAUGUUGGACUUGUACAUUGGCAUUUCGAAGCUAUUUGCAAUGAAAGUUCAUGGCAGUCCAUUGUAAUCAGGAGAACUGAUCGUGGUGUUAGUCGCGUUGAAGUCGAUGUAGAAACAGCAACCACUAACUUCUGUUUUGUUCUUUGGCAUUUUGCUUCGUACAUGGCAUUGAAUUGCUGAGAUAUAACUACAGAAGAGAGAGAGCUUAGUACUAAUCAUCAAUGGCUUGCUUCCUUCUGAAACAAAAAUUAUUGGAGUCUGAUGUAAGCCUUUCAAACAGGUUCUUUGUUUUUUGGUCUGUUUGCUGAGGGGACCAAGUUUAUUGUUUGCAAUCAAUUAAAAGACCUCCUCCUUAUAAUUGUGAA